AUGGCGGGGAGACCGAGGGUUUCGAAGAAGAAAGUCACAGUGAAGAAGAAGAAAGGUCCAUCAUCCUCAGAUCCAGUAAAGAAACAGAAAUCUAUGAAUGAAAUUCUUGGAGUGGAGGCUAUAGAUUUCAAUAUGGACUCGGCAGAGGAGGCAGAAGAUGAGGUUGCCGAUAUCACUGAAUCUGAAGCUCCAGCCCGCAGAGAAACGCCUAAAUCGAAGAAGAUACUGGAACAACAUUCAGAGGUGAAAUCGACGCUGAAGGAUUGGGUUAGUGCGCUGAAAGGGGAUCCUGUUCCAUCUAAUGAUUCAAGUAAACCUAAACUAAUUCCGAUUCUAAAUCUUGAAUUAGAGGAUAAGAUUGGAAAAUUAGGGGAAGAUGUUGAUUGUGUGCAAAUUGAGCCAGAGGACAUAGAAGAUGAGAUCCUAUACUGGAGUACAGCAAUAGUUUGCUAUGUGUUGGGAUCUAAUUCUCCUAUUUCAGUAACGGAGGGAUUCUUUAGAAGAAUUUGGAGGGGGAAAGGAGUGGAGAAAGUUGGUUUAUUAGCACCAGGUGUGUUCAUGGUGAGGUUCAAUACUCUGGAGGAAAAAGAUGAGAUCAUGAAUGGAGGCUAUCACUUUUUUGAUAAAAAACCAAUAAUAAUGAAGAACUGGGAUCCGAAUACUAGAUUUACUAGAGAGGUUGUUUUGAAUGUGCCAAUUUGGGUUCAAUUAUGUAAUUUGGACUUAAAGUUUUGGGGAGAGAAGGCUAUGACAAAAAUUGUGAAUUCUGUGGGUAAGUAUAUUCGGCAAGAUAGAGCAACUUUGGCUAGAGAAAAAUUACAAUAUGCUCGGGUGUUGAUUGAAGUAAAUAUCUCUCAAGAGCUACCGAAUGUGAUUAAAUUUAGAGAUGAAAAUGGAGAAGCAGUGUAUGUUGACCUCUAUUAUGAAUGGAAGCCAGACUGUUGUGUUAGCUGCCAAGGAUUUGGGCAUAAACAGGAGGUCUGCAAGAAGAAGAAACAAAAUGUUCCUGGUAAAUUCUGGAAGCCAAAAGUCAUACAAGAUGCUAGUACAAUUCCAGUGCAGUUUACAAAGAAAGAAGGAUCGCAAGGGGGGGGGGGGGAUAAAGUGAUUGAUGCAGAGGGUUUUGAGAAAGCCAAAAGUAAAAGAGUUCAGAUUGGUAGCAUACCACCAGUGAUCGUUGAUAAUUCUUUCAAUCUUUUGAAUGAUGAGGAUGGUAGGCAGGGGUAG